AUGUCGAAGUCAGAUGCCCUUCAGCGUAACUUACAAUUAAUCCUCAGGGAUAGGCAGAGAAGAGGCUGGCAGCUUGAGCCACCUGCCCCAGGCACUCUAACCGACAUGGUUGACUUUGGCUCAAACGACACCUUGUCAUUAUCUUCGUCUGGUCUAUUGGGGAAGGAAUUUCUCAAGGAGCUUGGGAAGUAUCCCAAUUUUAUCCUUGGUGGAAGAGCGUCCCGUUGGGGUGAAGGGUCAACCGAUUACCUUUUGCAACUGGAAGAGUAUAUUGCCAAGUUCCAUAAAGCAGAAAGUGCCCUGUUCUUCCAAACUGGCUAUGAAGCAAAUGUUGCUGCCUUUUCAACACUCACCCAGCCGCAUGAUGUGGUUCUGUAUGAUAGCCUCGUCCAUACAAGUAUCCGAGAAGGAAUGUAUAGGAGCCGUGCAACUGCUCUUCCUUUUACCCACAACGAUCUGACAAGUCUACGCCAACGUUUGCUGGACACCAAGAAUCAGCAUGAAGGAGUUAGAUCAGGCCUCUCGCUUGUGUUUAUUGCACUCGAGUCAUUCUAUAGUAUGGACGGCGACGCGGCGCCACUCGAGGCAAUUGUUAGGGAGGUGAAAGAGCAGCUUCCCCACGGAAAUGCUGUCUUUGUGAUCGACGAGGCACAUUCGACGGGACUGGUAGGCCCCAAGGGGUCAGGCCUGGUGUCUCAUUUGGGUCUGGAGAAAGAGUUCUCUAUUCGGGUUCAUACCUUUGGCAAAGCACAUGGGGCUUCUGGCGGCAAGUUCCAAGUCGACUUUUGCGUCCGUGGACUCAUUUUCUCCACUGCACCAACCUUCACGACAUUGGCGGCAGUCAAGGCUGGGUACAGCAUUUUAGCGAGUGCCGACGGCGAAAGAAGACGAGAGCUUAUACAGUCUAACAUCAAUUUAUUCUACAAUGCUGUCAGCAAGCACGCAGCAUGGCCAAGCUGCCAGCACCUCGGCAUCAUCACCAUCCCCAUGAAGCCUGUAUGCGAUACUCUCAAGUCACCUAUUAUUCCUGUUAUUGCUCCUUACGGCGGAGCAACAGCUCUAGGACAAUUUCUUAGCGAUGCAAAUUUUCGCGUUCUUGUUGUUCACUUCCCCGUGGUGCCUAAGGACAAGGAGAGAGUCAGGAUCAAUUUGCACGCCGAUCACACGUCUGAAGAGAUUCUUUCAUUAGUAGACCUCAUUAUUGAGUGGACUCAGUCACGCCGAAAGGUUGGCAUGUCUGCGUCUCAUCUCUAA